GAUUGCGAAUCUUUUCGGAGGGCAGAAGUCUACCGUUAUAACAUUGAUCAACGCUAUGUAUGGUGGAUCUGUUACUCUGUUUUUUUUCAUUGCCAAGAUAGUGCACGAUGCCGGGUUUUCGAUCAACCUUAUCUUCUUCGUCAUGGCCGGUUCCGUUGUCUUUUUCAACAUCAACACCUUCCUCGUCCUUCCUACCAAGUAUAUCCCCUGGCCUCUUCCAGAGGGGUACAGACUAAUCACCUGUUGUACCCCUAGGACCCCUCCAGAGGCGACAGAAGAUUGCGCAUACGAUAACCAAGGGUACCAAGAGAACCAAUCUGACGAGGUGAUGGGUGUAAAUGAGUACUCCAGGCAGACUAACACUGGUUCGGAACGCAGGAAAAGUAGUAUUUAUGAAGGUCGGAGAAUGAGCCUGUUAAUUGCAAUGGAUACAAAAAGUGAGGCGGUCGACGGUGGCAUCUCCGAGGCUGAGGAACGAAAGGAGGAGGAGUAUGGAAGCCUCAGGUCAUGCCUCCUUUCGAUGCCAUUUUGGCUGAUACUUCUCUGGCAGGUAUUCCUACAGUUGGACGUUUACUUUACCUUUGGAACCCUGAACUUCUUCUUGACAAGACUGUCCAACGGUGAUGAGGAUCUCGUGAGUUGGUACACAAACGUCUUCGCUAUUACACAGUUCUUCACCAUCAUCGUUGGUCCUCUUGGUGGUCUUCUCAUGGAUAGGAAUAGCAUCUCGAUGUUGUGUUCGAAAUCCAAGAAACCAAAGGACAAAGGUCCUUACGCCGAGAUGCGAGAUAGCUGUCUCCCUCUGGCGUUAACCACAGUAGCUUCAAUUGGCUACUCCAUCUGUCUCUUGAUUCCAAACCUUCAGAUCCAGUAUCUAACUUUCAACCUCAUUCUCGUAGCGACUUCUCUACUCUACGGAGUCGGGUUGGCCGUUGUAACAGUGGUAUUUCCAAUGAAGUAUUUUGUCAGUGUUUACGGAGCCCUUCGAACCAUCAGUGGAUUCUUCACGUUACUCCAGUACCCAAUCUUCAUCCUGCUCCAGAAAUAUCUCGAUGAUGACCCUUUUUGGGUGACCAUUGCAUUCAUAAUUGGUGAUAUCUUCACGUUCACCUUACCUGCUGCCCUCUACGUUCUCAGUAAACGGAAAAGUUAAACGGACGACAACAAGUUGUGAGCUGUCGGCACCAUCAGUCACGACGUUUGGAGUUAUGGGGGCACGUCCC